GAAAGGAGUAUACAUAAGGCUUGUAUAGUUUUCUUAAGGAGAAUGAUUCCAAUCGUCUCCCAAUUAAUUUGCUUUUCCUCUUUUUCCUUGAAGCAUGUUAUCGAUGUUUUGAAAUUUUUUCUUCUCGAUCCCUAAUUCAAAGUGGGUUGGUUUGAUUAACUCCUGAUAUUGAACCAUGCUUUCCGAUUUAACCAACUUUAUAUUGUCCAAACCGGUCACAUUGGACGAUACACAUACAUACCUGCAAACGAUUCGCCCCAUGUAAUAAUUGUCCGGUGAAUAUAUUAUCUUAGGGUGUGGUAGGUGAAUGAGUACAGAAAUAUGUGCGUAGACCAUUUCAUUUAGACUCGUUCAAGUAUCUUUUCCUUAAGAUAUGGUUGUCAUGCAGCCUGUGUGCUUCUACUAAACUACUUACGUCAUUGGAACCUACUGCUCCUAUCAAGAUAAUUUUGCGUAAGGUAAUUGUUUAUAUAUUAACCACACCAUCUUCUAAUAACAAAUGAAUAUGAAAAUGGAAAUGAACAUGAACUCGUUGUUUUUCGUUGUUUUGUGUUGGAUUCAUGUUUCACGUUGUGUUUCUUACACCAACUUUGCAUUUGGGGACUCCGUUGUAGAUGCCGGAAACAAUAACCACUUGGCAAGUCUCUCCAAGGCCAACUACUCUCCAUAUGGCAUAGACUUUACUCCUUCUGGUGGCAAGCCUACAGGAAGAUACACAAAUGGUUUCACCAUUAUUGACAUUAUUGCACAAGCUUUGGGAGCCAAGACCUUGGCUUCGCCAUCUCUGGCAGGUAAUGCGACAUCUAACGCGUUACUUGGUGGCAUAAACUUCGGCUCUGGAGCUUCUGGGAUACUAGAGGAAACUGGUGCCGUUUAUCUUGGACGCAUUCCAUUAAGAAAGCAAAUCGAUCAUUUUGAGCAAAGUAGAGCUGAAAUGGUCCAAACGAUGGGAGAAAAUCGUACACAAGAUUUAUUAAAGAAUGCAAUCUUCUCGUUAACGAUUGGUAAUAAUGAUAUUAUAACCUACUUCCUACCAAAGAUUCCUUUCAUUGGCAGUUAUAACGAAGUUUCCCAUACCGUUUUACAAGAGACCAUGGUCGCACAUAUGGGUUCAUAUCUUAAGCGUUUGCAUGAACUAGGGGCUCGAAAGUUUGUUGUAGUCGAUAUAGGACCUCUUGGUUGCUUACCUUUUGUUCGUGCGAUACACCUGCUACCAGAUGGAAAAUGCCAUGAAGAAAUGAACAUGUUGAUUCGCGGAUACAAUGAAAAGUUACGUCAGGCUGUGAAUAUCUUAAAUCAAGAGAUGGGAAACGGUUCCAUUUUCGUGUAUGCAAAUUCUUACGAUGUCAUAAGUGAGAUGUUGCAAAAUUAUCGUGACUAUGGAUUCGAGAAUGUGAACGAUCCUUGCUGUGGAGGAAACAUUCCUCCAUUUUUCUGCUUUCGGAUUGAAGGUGAAGAGAGGCAAAUUAGCUCAAAUGUUUGUGAUGAUCGAUCGAAGUAUCUGUUCUGGGAUGCAUAUCAUCCCGGACAAGCAGCAAAUUUCAUUAUAGCUCAGCAUGUGUUAAAUGGUGACCAAAACAUCUGUUCUCCUUUCAACAUUCGCCAGCUUCAUAAUCUCAAGCUAUAAGUCGCUACGCCAUCUGAAGAUCAUCUCUGGAAUUUAUAACCAUGCUUGUGAUUAAUUACUCUUUUUUUUUUUUAAGUACGGUGUCGGUGCAUAUCCAUGCAAGCAGUAUUUUGCUCUACUUUAGAGAGGCGUAUGUACGUAGUAGUAGGUCCUCAAUAAUUGGAGAGAUUUAAAUAGGUCGUGUGUUAAGUUACUAGC